AUGACCCGCCUCAUCACCCUGUCAGGCAAGCUCGCCGCCAUCCUGCCUCGGGCGCAGGCUACCUUGGUGUUUAAGGCGUGCAGGAAGGCCAAGAUCACCACGUGGAAGACCAUGAAGAAGGUCCUGCGGGAGUUUGGCAAGACCAGGGACGCGCGGGGCUGGGAGCUCGCGGCCCGCGAGCUGGCGCUCUUCGUCCCGGGCCUCCAGAAAGUGGGACACGUCAGGCUCCUGGAGAUGUUCCUCGCCGCGUCCAAGUCCAAGAAGAAGGCGGCCAAGCCCACCCCGCGCAAGCGCAGCCCCAGGAUGCCUCAGCUCCCCAUGGCCACCAUCGCCCGCACCGUCAGUGCCGCCAAGGAGACCGCCGAUUUCAACACUUGGGAAAAGUUCAGCGCCGCGACCCCGCGCAAGCUGGCGCAGGCGGGCGUGGACCGGGACCUGAAGGGUCUGGUGGCCAGCGUCGAGAAGAAGAUUCCGCCCCACAGGAAGGACGUGUUCGACCAGGCGCGCAUCGAGCAGUCUGUGAAGACCUACUACCACAACCACACAGACGGACACGAGGCCGCGAUCAAGCGGAUCGGCGCGAAGAAGAAGGCGGAGCGCGCCCAGCAGCGGGAGGAGGCCAAGGCGUUUGUGGCGUCCCUCAGGGCGGACGAGGAGUCCGCCGGCUCCAACACGGACCAUUAA